CUCCUUUUCAGAGCAGGCUGAGCCCCACUGGGUGAGGAGCGACGGUGCCGCCGCGGCAGAGCGGGGUUAGCUGUUGGGAGCGAUGGGCGACUGGAGCUUCCUGGGGCGGCUGCUGGAGAAUGCACAGGAGCAUUCCACAGUCAUUGGCAAGGUGUGGCUGACAGUGCUGUUCAUCUUCCGCAUCCUAGUGCUGGGGGCGGCAGCUGAGGAGGUGUGGGGCGACGAGCAGUCGGACUUCACCUGCAACACACAGCAGCCUGGCUGCGAGAACGUUUGCUACGACCGUGCCUUCCCCAUCUCACACAUCCGCUUCUGGGCGCUGCAGAUCAUCUUCGUAUCCACGCCCACCCUCAUCUAUCUGGGCCACGUGCUGCACAUCGUGCGCAUGGAGGAGAAGAAGAGAGAGCGGGAGGAGGAGCUGCUGAGAAGAGACAACCCUCAGCAUGGCCAUGGUCGCGAGCCAAUGCGUACAGCGAGUCCAAGGGACCCGCCACUCCGUGAUGACCGUGGUAAGGUGCGCAUUGCAGGUGCGCUGCUGCGGACCUAUGUCUUCAACAUCAUCUUCAAGACGCUCUUUGAGGUGGGCUUCAUAGCAGGCCAGUACUUUCUGUAUGGCUUCCAGCUGCAGCCACUUUACCGCUGUGACCGCUGGCCCUGCCCCAACACAGUAGACUGCUUCAUCUCUAGGCCAACAGAGAAGACCAUCUUCGUCAUCUUCAUGCUGGCUGUGGCCUGUGCGUCACUGGUGCUCAACAUGCUGGAGAUUUACCACCUGGGCUGGAAGAAGCUCAAGCAGGGGGUUACCAACCAUUUCAGCCCAGAUGCCUCAGAAACCAGACACAAGCCCUUGGACCCCCUCCCCCAGGCCUCCAGCUCUUGCCCGCCCAGCGCCUCCAUUGGGUUCCCAUCUUUCUACAUGCACCCUGCCUGUCCCCCAGCACAGGUAAGGGCCACAGGGUUCCCUGAGGCCCCACCACCAGCAGCAGACUUCACAGUGGUAACCCUGAGCGAUGCACAAGACAGAGGCCACCCUGUCAAGCACUGCAAUGGCCACCAUCUAAUCACAGAGCAGAACUGGGCCAGCAGAAUAGCUGAGCAGCAGACUCCAGCCAGCAAGGCCUCUUCAGCAGCAUCCAGCCCUGAGGGUCGCAAGGGGCUCACAGACAGCAGUGGCAGCAGCUUGGAGGAGAGUGCCUUGGUGGUGACCCCAGAGGAGGGAGAGCAGGCCUUGCCCACCACAGUGGAGAUGCACUCCCCACCUUUAGUCCUCCUGGACCCAGGAAGGUCCAGCAAGGCCAGCAGCGGGCGGGCCAGACCUGGUGACUUGGCUAUCUAGCCACUGUCUCCCCAGAUAGCUUUGUAAACCUUCC